CAGUUGCCCAUGUGGGGUUUUUAAUAAGGUGGAUGCAGGAGUUGGUCUUGCUCUCUUCUGGGUGACGCGGAUUGGAAGGGGUUCUCCAUACUUUCACCAAACUAUUUUGUUUUUUUCCCCCCCCUUUCCCUUUGUUUACUUUCUGAAACUACACUUACAUCUACAUUAUCUCAGAGAGGAGCCAUGAAGUGGACCUGGGUGCUUGUGGCGGUUCUGCUGUCCUUUGGGGGGCUAUCAUUGGGCAAGGACUGCUUGGACUUCCCAGAGUACGAUGGCAAGGACCGCGUCCAUGACCUCAACGCCAAGAACUAUAAGUCUGUGAUGAAGAAGUACGAUGUCAUGGUGGUGUACUACCAUGACCAUCCUGGAUCCAGCCGCGUCGCCCAGAGACAGUUUGAUAUUGAAGAGUUGGCCCUUGAGCUCGUAGCCCAGGUCCUGGAUGAGUUUGAUGAUGAGGAUAUCGGAGUCGGUCUCAUUGAUGCAAAGCACGACAAGUUUGUUGCAAAGAAAUUAGGACUUGACGAGUCCGACAGCAUCUUCAUCUUCACAGACGAUGAGGUCAUAGAAUAUGAUGGCGAGCUUGCAGCAGACACUAUUGUGGAGUUCAUCUUUGAUGUUCUUGAGGACCCAGUGGAAAUUAUUGACAAUACUAUGGAACUGAAAGGCUUCCAUCACAUCGAGGAGGACAUCAAACUGGUGGGCUACUUUAAGAGUCACAAGUCAGAACAUUUUGAGGCUUUUGCCGAUGCUGCAGAAGAGUUUCACCCUCACAUCAAGUUCUACGCCACAUUCAGCCCCAAGGUUGCCAAGGCUCUGGAUCUGAAGCUCAAUGAGGUUGACUUCUACGAACCCUUCAUGGAUGAUCCAGUGGUCAUCCCUGGAAAGCCUUACACCGAGGAUGAGCUGGUGAAAUUCAUUGAACAUAAUGACAGACCAACCCUGAGGAAGCUGCAACCAUACAACAUGUAUGAGAUCUGGGAGGAUGAUGUUGAUGGAGAACAUAUCAUUGCUUUCGCAGAGGAGUCUGACCCAGACGGUUUUGAGUUCCUGGAGAUCCUGAAGCAAGUUGCUGAGGACAACACACACAACCCUCACCUCAGCAUUGUCUGGAUUGACCCUGAUGACUUCCCCCUGCUGGUGCCACACUGGGAGAAGAUUUUUGACAUUGACCUGUCCUCUCCACAGAUCGGUGUUGUUGAAGCUGAUGAUGCCGACAGCGUGUGGAUGGACAUGGAUGACGAUGACGAGUUGCCAUCUGCAGACGAGCUGGAGGACUGGAUUGAGGAUGUCCUGUCAGGAGAAAUCGAUCCUGAUAAUGACGACGACGACGACGACGAUGAUGAUGAUGAUGAUGAUGAUGAUGAUGAUGAUGACGACGAUGAUGAUGAUGAUGACGAUGAUGAUGAUGAUGAUGACGACGACGAUGAUGAUGAUGACGACGAUGAUGACGACGAUGAUGAUGAUGAUGAUGACGACGAUGAUGAUGAUGAUGAUGAUGAUGACGACGAUGAUGAUGAUUAUUAAAUCAUUAAGUCAUAAUUUUCUCUUUAAGUCUGACCAAUGCCGUUUCAAGAGUCAACAUCAUUAACUCUGUCAAAACAUCUUUUGUAACUCGUUCUUAUGUUGAACUCAUCAGUUCAUUUUGAUAUCUCAUCUUUUCAUCAUCCUCUAUCUGUAUCUCACCAGAACAAUAUUCCAUGACUCGUUUAUCCAUCUCCCCUUCAUAUUCACUAAUCCUCCAUGUAACAAAGAACUCAAGAAGAUCCCACGGUAUCUUUAUUCCCACAUGUAACACUGUCUGGUACAAUAAAAAAAGAAAUUCUUUCAAAACCUUCUACUGCUAUUGAUUUUUAUAUUAUCAAAGUCUUUAUUUUCCAAAGUACUGGAGGGGUUGCAAUGUUGUAUGCAUUAUGUCUCAGUCCAUCUGUGGAGUCUGUUGCAGUUUGAAUGUGUUUUAUUUAUGUUCACAUAUCUUUUUUUGUUUGCCCCAGUAUCGAAACAAGUGAAGUCAGAUCCAAGGGUGCUAGCAGGCUUUUCUGACGGGUCUUAAGUAUCACCAGCCUACUCUGUGAAAUCAAUGUAAUGUUGUACACUGAAAGUGCUGUACAUCAUAUGGAUGUUUUCUACAAUGAUGAAAUAUGACAACAGCCGUAUUCUAUUUUUGUAACAAGAGAAAUUUAACUUACUGUAAAGUCUUAAAUAAAUGACAGCUUGGACAGAAA